AUGGAAGCUGUUGGAGAUCCUGUGAUUUUUACGGUAUUGGGCUUUUGGACGACUGGAGUUGUCGUAGGAUAUAUCACAGCGGUCGCUCAGAGCUAUGUAGAUAGCAUGAGUGCUAUAAAAGUAGUACAAGUUGUUGGAGUCGACGGCUUAGUCAAUCAAAAUAGAGUCGACUCCUCCACUUUCCAAAUGACUGAACCGUGA